AGCACACCACAGCUGUCAUUUGAUUGUCUCAUUUACCUACUGAAAUUAUUCAACCAAAGUCAAAUAAUACGCAAUAUCUACACUUUUUCGAUAUUAUUUACUUGAAGAAUGGCGCAAACAGCGGGUGUGAAGCCCAUGGCCAUUGCGGGCCGUGUGGCUUCUGAAAGAGAAAGAUGUCUGGGAAUGACAGUGACUGAAAGAGCUUGGCGGAAACAAUGGCUAAAAGACCAAAUUUUGCAUGAAAAUGAACCCCAAAAUAUCCCUGAAUAUUGGAAGGAACGCACUAAUCCAAUUCGUCGUUUUUACCGAUUCCCACUGGACUGGCUUUUUACUCGUAUGGCCCCUAUGCUGGGUCAAGCCCGUGCUCAAGACUAUAGAUACAUUACUGGUAAACUUGGUUUGAUUGCUGUUGGUAUUCUUGGCAUCCAUUACUACUUCAAAUACAAUGGAAAUGAUUGGACUAGAAAGGGAGGCUGGAGAGUGUUGAGAACUAAACCUAUGGUUCUCCCAGGCCAACCUGGCUUCCCAUACAAAUCAGAUCGCUGUUAUGAUAGUGACUACGCUAACAGGAACUUCAAGAACUCCCCUAUAUAAAUGUAGAUUGGGAUGUUAAAACAAUUACAUUUCCAAGUACAUACAUGUUUGUAGAAAACUGACUUGUAAAUGAAAUUGUAACAUAUUUAAAUCUUAGGUCAAUAAAAUAUUGUUCAUUUAA